CAUGCCCGCAUAUAUUUUUGGUUUUCCCCUCAUUGACUCACCCAGUCAGUUCCUCUUCUCCCUCUACCACUUCUGCGCCGUAGUGCUCCCCACCUGCCACUGUCGUCAUGCCUCUGACCCGCACCAGCGCUGGAUCUGCUAGAUGGCCCGUCCUUCUCCGCGGCCAUCACUGGAUCUGCUCGUUGUUCACCUCCGACCCGCGACGCCGCAAGAUUUGCUGGCCGCCAUCCACCUCGACCGCCGCCAUCGUUGUCCGACUCGACCGACCGCCACCAUCAUCCGCCUCGACCGCCGUUGCCAUCGUCCACCUCGACCUCCACCGCCGUCUUCCGCCUCGACCAUCGCUACAGGAUGAUGAAGAUGAAGAUGACCAAGAUGACCAGGAUGAUGAAGAUGACCAAGAUGACCAGGAUGAUGAAGAUGAAGAUGAGGACAUCCAAGAUGAAGAUGAGGACAACCAAGAUGAAGAUGAGGACAUCAAAGAUGAAGAUGAUGGUCCUAUCCUUUCUGGAUUUUUUUCUCAAAGGAUCAAGAAGCUUACUCGGGACAAGACAGCUAAUGUGAAAGUAAUAUCACCAUCCUCUUUGGCCUUCUUGGGGAAGCCCUUUGUGCAACAUCUAACAAAAACCAACAUGAUCAAAAAAAUUAUGAAGUUACCUUUGAAGAUGUAUUAUGGAGUGGACAUCCCCAUAGUCGGCACCGCUAGAGUAAUCCAUGGACCAAGAGGGCCUGUCACGAACGUCAAAUACAAGACAGAAUCCGACGGGCGCAUAUCAUUCCAUGAGUCCGGCUGGCGGGAGUUCAUCAAGGGAAAGAGAGAACUAAGGGUGGACACCCUUGUGGUAAUCACUAUAAGGAAGAGCAACCACAACGACUAUCUGAUGAUGGUUGUUGUUGACCAUGUUUAUAACUAACUCGUGAAUAUAUCAGCUAGAGAACUGUUGGUUAAUUAUUUAGUAUGUUAAGAUGAAUGUGAUACAUUGUUGUUUGUUUCUUAAUUCGAACAACUUUCAAGUGUUACCGAAUUAUUUGAGGGUUUGUUUUCAAAAUGAAUCCAUUCU